UGCUGGGAUACCCCCAACCUUCAAGGAAAGUCUGGGUGGCCAGGAAGCUGGGCUUCUCGUUGCUUAAGAAACUGAAGACACCACGCAGAAUGGAGCUAUGGAACUCCACUGCCGGACAUGACUUCAUCUUGGUGGGGAUUCUGAAUGACUGUGCAUUUCCUGAACUGCUCUGUGUCACAAUCACAGUCCUGUACAUGUUGGCCUUGAUCAGCAACAGCCUGCUGCUCCUGGUCAUCACCAUGGAUACCCGGCUCCACGUGCCCAUGUACCAGCUGCUCGGGCAGCUCUCUCUCAUGGACCUCCUGUUCACAUCAGUUGUCACACCCAAGGCCCUCGUGGAUUUUCUGCGCAGAGAAUACAUCAUCUCCUUUGAAGGCUGUGCCCUGCAGAUGUUCCUGGCCCUGACACUGGGUGGUGCAGAGGACCUCCUACUGGCCUUCAUGGCCUAUGAUAGGUAUGUGGCCAUUUGUCAUCCUCUGAACUACAUGGUGUACAUGAGACCAAGGGUCUGCUGGCUCAUGGUGGCCACAUCCUAGAUUCUGGCUUUAUUCAGUGCCCUAGGAUAUACUAUAUACACAAUGCACUAUCCCUUCUGCAAAGCCAGGAAAAUCAGGCAUCUUCUCUGUGAGAUCCCACCCUUGCUGAAGUUGGUCUGUGCAGAUAGCUCCAGGUAUGAGCUCUUGGUGUAUGUGAUGGGUGUGACCUUUCUAAUUCCCCCUCUUGCUGCCAUAAUUGCCUCCUACACUCUCAUACUGUUCACAGUGCUCCACAUGCCCACAAAUGAGGGGAAGAAGAAAGCGCUUGUCACCUGCUCUUCCCACCUGACAGUGGUGGGGAUGUUCUACGGAGCUGCCACUUUCAUGUAUGUUUUGCCCAGUUCCUUCCACAGCCCCAAACAGGACAACAUUAUCUCUGUUUUCUACACGAUUGUCACUCCAGCCCUGAACCCCCUCAUCUACAGCCUGCGGAAUAAGGAAGUUAUGGGGGCCUUGAGAAGGGUCUUGGGAAAACACCUGGUGCUGGCACACUUCACCCUUUAGGGAAGGUCCAUGUAAUGUUUCCAAAAUUCAUUCUUCCUCAAACUAAGAAGCUCUCUGCUAUAUAUUAAUUUUUUACAGUAAAACCAUAUAGUAAAAAGUAUAUCUUUUAAUAGAAUAUUGUAGGAAUGUAACUAUGCUUUCAAAUACCUUUUAAAUCUUUCUCCAUGAAGUAUUUUAUAGGGUGUAAUUCACACUAUUUAAACUUACUUGUCAUUUUCUUUUGAAAUUAUCGUCUAUUUUCCAAUGUAGAAUUUAGUUAAAUGUGUCUAGAGAGUAUCACCAAUUUGAGACUUGACUCCAAAGUAAAUCUAAGGAGUCUACAGUGAACCAAUGAAACCAAAUAAAAUUUUGAACGGGGGAAAAUAAAGUUUGAAGUUGAUGGUCUAAGCAUAUUCCCGUGGGGUAGGGGUCAUUGAGUUGUGCACAAAUUUUAGACCAACAGAUACAUGCCCCAAUUUAUUGUACCUGUCUUGACACAUGCCCCAGCUUAUUGUAGUUUGCAUGUAUUGGCAUCACAUUCACAUUCACGCUUUUUCCACUUUCUGGCCAUUUUGGAUAUUUCAACAGGUGUUUUGACAUAUUUCGA